AUGGGCUUGGGUCUUCCAAGCAGAGGCAGCUCAGUGGCAGCAGCAGCAGCAGCAGCAGCAGCAGUGGCGGCGGCAGCAGCAGUGGCGGCGGCAGCAGCAGCAGGAGGGGAGGGAAGGGAAGGAGUCAACAUCUUCAGCUGCCAGUUCAGAUUUUCACGUUCCCUUGAUGGUCUGUGGCUUGUGAUUCUCCCCUGCGCCAGUGGUCCCUUCCCUCCACUUGCGUGCGUUUGUGGUGGAGGGGAGGGGCGCGUGGGUCAACACCGACACUCUCCCACGCCCCUCCCCUGUGGCCGUGCAGGUACCCACGGGGAUGGGAGGGCGGCAGCACUGCAGCAGCUUGCAGUUGGUGCCACGAGGGAGAGUAUCGGGGUGGGCUGGCCUCUCAAGCACUGGAGCAAGGACGGGAUAGUGGAGUCCUCCUCCUCUUUCCCUUCUCCCUUCCCUCCCAGCAGCACACUCCUGGACCACAGAGGAGUCUAUCCCUCCCCUAAUCCUCCAUUCUCUCUCCACUUCCCAGCAGCCUCAGCAUCAUGGCGCUCUCCUCGUCUGAGCCGUCCCUUCUCUGUGAGCCGUCCCUUCUCUGUGAGCCGUCCCUUCUCUGUUUGCCGUCCCUUCUCUGUGUGCCGUCCCUUCACUGUGUGCUGUCCCUUCUCUGUGUGCCGUCCCUUCUCUGUGCGUUCGUUCCCUUUUCCUGGGGGCCAUGCAUGUGCAGCUUCCCUCCCAAGGCACGGGGCCACCCAUGUGCAUGGGCUGGGCAACACACCGUCCUCCACCGAUGCAAAGGUGGUGACGGCGCCCAUCCUUGGAUGCUUCUCAUGCCGCCUUUCACCUGCCUCGUACCACGUCCCCUCCCAUCACAGCAGUUAG